AUGGCUGACAAUAUAUCAAAUGAAGGAAAAGCUGAGAUUUCCACGGUAGAUCAUUUGGUCUUACAUGAUUCAGAAUAUGAUGAUGCAUUAGAAAUUACCAUCAAUGAAACUGAUGAUAUACAUAUUGAAUCUAAAGAUAGUGAUAAUAGAGAACGUCUUGGCGUGCUACCUUUCUCUGCUAUACAUGAUUUACCAAAAGACUUUAAAAGUCAAUACCGUAAUGUUUUUAUUCCUGGUGAAGAAGUGCAUGUAAACAUCAUAGACAAUGAACGUAGUGUAACAACGCACCCUUUGAAUCCAAAUUUGUAUACAAUUGAAUUUAGGCAUGGUCCAUUUAGUUGGACAAUUAAAAAACGAUAUAAACAUAUCCAGAAUUUGCAUAAUCAAUUGAAAAUAUAUCGUACUAGCUUACAUAUUCCUUUUCCAACAAAAAGUCACAAAGAAAGGAGAAACAGUUUAAGAAGCUUAGGGGAUGCAAAGGAAAAAAAAGGUCGAAGAGGUGCAUUACCAAGAUUUCCAAAUAAACCAGAUGUUCUAGUACCAUAUGAACAAUUAGACCAUAGAAAGAGAGUAUUAGAAGAAUAUUUAACAAAUUUAUUAAAAAUAAAAAUUUACUUGCAUCAUCCAGAAACUACCAAUUUUUUAGAAGUAUCACACUUGUCAUUCAUAGAGGAUUUAGGAAUGAAAGGUAAAGAAGGAAUUGUUUUAAAACGAACUGGAUCAGGUGCAAGAACUAGAUGCAAUUUUUGCGGCCUUCUCGAAGGCAUGUGUUGUAUUAGAUGUAAUCAUUUUUGCACAUCUUUGUGCGGAAAAUGGCAUUCUCGACAUCUUGUCGUUAAAGAUACUUUUGUUGCCUAUAUUAGGCCUAAAGAUGGUAGCAUAAAAUCAGUAAUUUUAAUGGAUAAUGGUUUUGGAAUUAGUUUUGGCAUGUAUACAACAGGCUUAAGAAAUGGUAUGCAAAUUGUAAGUCUUAGCAGGCACAUAGUAAUUAAAUGCUGGACAAAAAGAAAGGCAAAAGAAUGGAUGGAGUUUAUACAAGAAGUGAGUAACAAACAAGGUCGAGAUUUUAUACAAACAAAUCCGCACAAUUCAUUUGCACCUUACCGUUCACCUACACCAGCUACAUGGUUCGUCGAUGGAUCAAGUUAUAUGUCUGCCGUUGCAGACGCAUUAGAAAAUGCCACCGAAGAAAUUUUCAUUGCAGAUUGGUGGUUAUCACCUGAGAUUUUUAUGAAGAGGCCAGCAAUUAACAGUGACUAUUGGCGGCUAGAUAAAAUCUUACAAAGGAAAGCUUCGGAAGGAGUGAAGAUAUUUAUAAUGAUCUACAAGGAAGUAGAAGUCGCGCUAGGCAUAAACAGUUUCUAUAGUAAACAACGAUUAGUUGAACAAUGUCCUGAAAAUAUAAAAGUAUUACGCCAUCCAGAUCAUGCGAGAGUAGGAGUGUUUCUUUGGGCACAUCAUGAGAAAAUUGUAGUUGUCGAUCAAAGUAUUGCUUUUCUCGGUGGUAUCGAUUUAUGUUACGGUCGAUGGGAUAAUAAUGAACAUAGAUUAAUAGACUUAGGUAGCACUCAUCAUUCUAGCAUUUACAUUCCAUCAAAAGGUAAAUUUACUAAUACCAGCAGUAAGAAAGUAUCAAAAACCAUUGCAAAUAAACAUGUUUUAUUAUCGCUGGCUAUUGCAACUAACACGGUCGUGAUGGCUACUACAAAAUCUAUGCCUGUGUUACCAAUGAUAAGUAAUAAAUCAUCGAUGCCACCAGCAUUACCACAAUUAAAUCCUGGAGAUUUAUUAUUAAUGCAACCACCAAACGAUUUAGACACGAUGAAAUGUGAUACUCCAAAUACAGAGCGUAAAAAUUUAUUUGGGAUUGCAAAAGAUACUAUGGGCAAAGUGAAACAAAAUAUUAAGUUAAAAAGGCAAGAGCUAAUUAAUAUGGUGUAUAAUCCAAACGAAGAAAGUAGUGACGAAGAAGACGUGCUAGACGAUGAUACAGUGCAAACUCCAAUUGAAAGUAGUGAAUCAACAUUAUAUAACGGACAAGAUGUAUUUUCAGAAUAUCCAGGUGUUGCUAAACUAUGGCUUGGAAAAGACUACACAAAUUUCAUUGUUAAGGAUUUUAACGAUCUCGAAAGACCCUACCAAGAUUUAAUAGAUAGGAGUACUACUCCUAGAAUGCCAUGGCACGAUAUGGGAGUUAUGGUACAAAAUGCAUCAGCUAGAGAUGUUGCUAGACACUUUAUUCAACGUUGGAAUGCAAUAAAGAUGGAGAAAGCAAAAUUAAAUUCGUGCUACCCGUUUUUACUUCCAAAAUCGUAUAAAGACUGCAAAAGCUAUGUACCAUUUAUUGAGAAAGCUGCAAUACACAACGUUAAAUGCCAAGUACUACGAUCAGCCAGUUCUUGGUCUGCUGGUUUUCUUGAUUCAGAAACUUUAGAACAAAGUAUACAAGAAGCUUACAUCCAAGCUAUUAGUAAAGCAGAAAGGUACAUAUAUAUAGAGAAUCAAUUUUUUAUAACACUUGCAUCCAUGAAACGAACCGCAGUAAAGAAUCGCAUAGGAGAAACGCUACUCAAACGAAUUUUAAGAGCACACCGUGAAGGUGCAGUGUUCAGAGUGUUUGUAAUAAUGCCUUUGUUACCAGGUUUUGAGGGCGAAGUUGGAGGUCCAACUGGUACUGCCUUACGAGCUAUUACACACUGGAAUUAUGCUUCUAUAUCUAGAGGUAGAGAUGCUAUUCUUAAUCGGCUAAUUGAUGCUGGAAUAGAAGAUCCUAGCGAAUACAUAACAUUCCAUGGUUUAAGGGCGCAUGCAAUGUUAAACGGCACAUUAGUGACAGAGCUAAUUUAUGUUCACAGCAAGCUAUUAAUUGUAGAUGACAGUACGGUCAUUUGUGGUUCAGCUAAUAUUAAUGACAGAAGCAUGAUAGCCACAAGGGACAGCGAGAUUGCAGUAAUAAUUCACGAUCGAGAAUUUGAAGAUGGAAGAAUGAACGAUAUACCAUUCCCCUGCGGCAAAUUUGCAGGAUCAUUACGAAAACAAUUAAUUUCUGAACAUCUAGGAUUAUUUAAAACCAAUGAAGAUAUAGACGUAACAGAUAUGAUCAGAAGAUCAUUCUACAGAGAUGUAUGGUGUGCCAGAAGUAAUCGAAAUACGGAAAUUUAUGAGAAAGUGUUUCAUUGUAUUCCAACAGACAAAGUUGUUAAUUUUUCCAUGUUAAGACAGUAUCAAGAUGAAGAACCACUUUGUUUAACAGACCCACUUUUGGCCCAAGAAAUGGUCGAGCAAAUUAAGGGUCAUUUAGUAACUAUGCCAUUAAAAUUUUUAUGCAAUGAGGAUCUGAAACCUGCUGCUGGUACAGUAGAGGGAAUAAUGCCAACAGCACUAUGGACAUAGAUUUUUGAUAUUUGAAA